CAACGCCGUACGCAAAGAUAAAAACAGCCCGUUUUCUCUCGGCUCGCGUGGGCCUGCGUCCCGAGGACGCCUUCCUCGCGGUGUAUGAGCAGGAGUUGGGCGGCCCGCGCUGCGCCUCCCUCUCCCCAUUCCCCUGGGGGGCGUGGCUAGCGUUGCCUUUCGCCAUGAUGAGCAAAUGACCUCGCGGGGAAUGAAAUUUAAAUUCCACAAAGGCGAGAGAGUUCUUUGCUUCGAGCCGGACCCGACCAAGGCGAAGGUGCUUUAUGAUGCCAAGAUUGUUGAUAUUGUUAUUGGAAAAGAUGAGAAAGGAAGAAAGGUCCCAGAAUAUCUGAUCCAUUUUAAUGGUUGGAAUAGAAGUUGGGACAGAUGGGCAGCUGAAGAUCAUGUACUUCGUGACACUGAUGAAAACCGCAGAUUACAGCGCAAAUUGGCAAGAAAAGCUGUUGCUCGCAUGAGAAGAAAAGGAAAGAAAGGGCGUUGCAGAUUGCCAGGUGUUGAUUCUGUACUAAAGGUCCUUCCUACUGAAGAGAAUGAAAAGACUAGUGAAAAUUCUAUAAGUAGUUCUUCUGAUGAUGAUAGUGAUGAAGGAACAGAAGAGGAGCUAAAGAGUGAAGAAAGUGACAUUGAUGAAAAGAUAGAAAUGAAAGAAGAGCAAGAGACUCAUGCUAAAAGAGAGAUGGAAGAAAGAGCAAUAAACAUUGAAAUUCCUGAAAUCUUGAAAAAGAAACUUGAAGAGGAUUGUUAUUAUAUUAAUAGACGAAAAAGGCUUGUGAAACUGCCAUGUCAGACAAAUAUAAUAACCAUCUUGGAAUCAUACGUAAAGCAUUUUGCCAUUAAUGCAGCUUUUUCAGCCAAUGAGAGAUCCCGACACCAUCAAAUGACUUCACAUACUAACUUGAAUCUCCAUUAUAUCCCACCAGAAAAAAAUGUUGAGUUAUGUAAAGAAAUGGUGGAUGGCCUAAGAAUAACCUUUGACUUCACUCUUCCUCUUAUUCUGCUGUAUCCUUAUGAGCAAGCACAGUUUAAGAAGGUGACAUCCUCCAAAUUUUUUCUACCAAUAAAAGAGAGUGUAGCAAAUUCCAACAGAAAUCAAGAAGAGCUUUCUCCAAGCCCACCUCUUUUGAAUCCAUCAACUCCACAAUCCACAGAUAGUCAGUUUGCAACAGGAGAACCUGUAACACCUAAACGCAGAAAAACUGAACCUGAAAUCUUGCAGUCUCUAAGGCGUUCUACGCGUCACACGUCCAACUGUGAUAGGCUGUCAGAAAGCAGCGCUUCUCCACAGCCAAAAAGGCGGAAUAUUGAGACACCUGCUUCAAUGCCAAAAUUGUUUUUGCAUCUUGAAAAAAAAACUCCUGUCCACAGUGGGUCGUCAUCUCCUAUUACGCUAACCCCUAGCAAAGAGGGUAGUGCAGUAUUUGCUGGAUUUGAAGGCAGAAGAAAUAAUGAAUUGAAUGAGGUGUUGUCAUGGAAACUCAUGCCAGAAAGCUAUCCUCCAGGCGAUCAGCCGCCACCACCUUCUUACAUUUAUGGAUCUCAACAUUUGCUGCGCAUGUUUGUAAAGCUUCCAGAGAUACUUGGGAAGAUGAGCUUUUCUGACAAAAAUCUAAAAGCUUUAGUAAAGCAUUUUGAGUUGUUCCUAAGGUUCCUAGCUGAGUAUCAUGAUGACUUCUUUCCAGAGUCAGCUUAUGUAGCAGCCUGCGAGGCCUAUUAUAGCACCAAAAAUCCACGUGCUAUCUACUGAAACUGUGGGUGCAGUCAGUUGUACAAACUGGGCCCGUUCGAUGCCUCCUAUUUUGUUGCAUUACUUCAAGAUCAAGAAAAAUUGGAAGAUAUAAUUAUAAUAUGACAAAGGCUUUCUACAGUGUUCUUUUGACAUAAAGAAAAAUUCAUUUCAGAGCUAUGCUGAUGUUGCAUUCUAGCACUUGCUAGAUAAAUGAAGCUCUGCAUUGACUGUUAAUGCAUAGAACUGCAUACAAAUAAAAUAAGAAAAAGGAAGGGAUGCAUUAGAAACAGACUUCAAAAGAACUAAUUCAUCCUGUGUUCCACAUUAUUAUAGCCUUGCUUCAGACUGACCUCUCAUCAUUUCUAUUUAAAAAGUGAAUGCAGUUGCAUUGUGCAGGUUGUUCAUAUUUGGGAUUUUUUGCCAUGAAAUCUAUAAGAAACCACUUCUAUGUUAGUAUAUUUAUAUCUCAAGUGAUUUAAGUAUGAGGAAUGGACUUGAGGAUACUGUCAAGGCAGCAGUGUUAAUUCUCUAUAGGUCCAUUUCACAGUGACCAAAUAGCUUUGAUUGGAAUUAAUAAAUCCCAUAUAUUGUUUGAAUUGCUUUAGGAGUUAGGGUUUUUUUGUAUUUAAGAAGAGGAUAUACUUCAUAAUUUUUGGAAGAAAGAAUGAUGAAGUGAUAGUUACUUGGCAAAAUUUUAGAUCUGGAAAUACUUGAGUUUUAUUUUAAUUGUAUAGUUCUUGCUUGUAAAUCAACUAGAAUUUAUUUCUGAAAGUAAGAGAAGAAUCAGAAUAUUUUGUUCAUGUUAACAAAACCUAACUGAUUUCUAAACUGGAAGAAGUUGAUAAAUAUGGAAGAGUUAUGCUAUCAUUCAGUUAGUCCGGCCUUAUACAGCACAUCUUGAGAAGUCCAAUAAUUUCACUAGGAUUAUUAUGGUCAAUUCAUCUGAUACAUUGCAAAUAUAAUAUGAUUGCAUGAGGCAAGCUAACUAGAAGGUGGGUCCCCAAUUCCUGGUCAAGGCCCAUUGCCAGGCUGCAGUCUGUUCAAAACUGGGCUGCAGGAGAGAUGGGCAAGCAUGUGCAUGUGUGAAACUCCAUUUGUGCGAACGACAGGCAAGUAUGCAUACAAAGCUCCAUUAGCAUGAGGGGAGAGCACUUGUGCUCAUGCAAAGCUCCAUUCGUGGGAAUAGAGCUUCAAGCGCAAGCACAAGCACACUGGGCCAGCAAGCUGGAAAGGUUGGAGACUGCUGAAAUAGAAUACUUCAUAUUGUACUCUGCCAAUUGGAUAAUUGAGCCUCAUGAAGCAAUCCUAAUAAGUAAUGGCACCCUAACUGUCUUAUUUUAGAAAUUCAGAGCAUAAGCGCAAGUAGUUAAUAGUUAAGAAUAGGAAUAACAGUUGUGAUCUCUGUGAUGAUAUGGACUAUAUCUGUAACUCCAACAAGCAGAGCCAAAUGUUGAAAAAUCUCAGCACAGAAAUUGUAGAAAAAAUAUUUUGUUGAUACUAGUCUUCAACACUCAGGUUAUGCUUUGUAAUGCCUGUCAUUCAGCUUCCAAAUUCUUGCUGUUACAUAGAGAACUUUUUAAAAAGCAUGCUAAUAUAAAUGGGUGCAAUUAUCUUCAUACCCUUAAAUAAUUUUUGAAUGGACACCUGUUAAAAAUGUGUGACCAGCUCUAAUUUGUGAGCUGUUAUUUUGGUGCUAAAUUCAGUAUAAAUGUGUUGGUUGAUUGAUUGCAUGCAUUACUUUUUUGACAUAAGUCCUAAAUCUUAAAACAAAUUUAGACUUUGGGUUGCAGCCUUGUGAGUGAAGCAUUUAUUAAGUUUGGUGUAAAAUACUGUUUUAAAGAUAUUAAAUAUUAAUGUUGUAUGAAUGUAGAAUAAUAAAUAACAUUUUUAUCA